AAAAUUAGUUUGACAGAAGAAGCUGGCAACGGUUUUUGUGUUUUUGUUUUGCUUGCCUGUUUUCGUUACAUUAAUUUAUUUCAGUGGGCAGUAAUUAAUAGAAAUUAAUGUAGAUUACUGUAGAUUGACACUGUAAACUGUAAAUCGCAGUUUCACAGCACGCGGUGGUACAAUUUUUGUGAAAUACUAGUUCACGACUACAUGACGCGGAUGGGUGUAGAGAACACUUGAAAAGUGUGAUAUUUCCUUGUGUAUUGUAAGAAGCGGCCUGAAGUAUGUCCCAAUCUAGGAUUCCGUCUCCAGCCCGGUCCCAGGGGGCCCCAAUAACUCCUCGGCGAUACAAAUCUCGAACACGCAGCGUUGGCUCACCUGCUCGGUCUACCACCUCAGUGAGGCUGUCUGCAUUGGCCCAGUUUAAAGAAAACAAUAAGGACUCGUUUGUGCUGUCUCCAGCGCCCAGCAGACGGUCUGUGUUGAAUGAUGACACUGAUAUUGAGGAACCUAGACGUAGGAGCUGGUGGAGGAAACUGAACGAUAACUCCAGGGAUGUCAUGGAGGUUCUAAACGACAAUAAAGUUUUGGAGACCAAUGAAGCGGUUGAAGAGUACAUUGAUAUUGAAGUUUUAAGCCAAGAAAAGCAAAACUACACAUUAGAUCUUCCAGACAGUAGCGAUAGUGAAUCCAUCAGCAGCAUAGUCAUCGCUCAAAGGAAACUCUUUACACAGAAAGAUCAAGCUCAAAACAAAUUCGGCCAACUUAUCGGUACUAGAGAGACUCUAGCAAAACUUCACAAAUCAACUGCAGCUGACAAAACAGUCAAUGUACCACCAAAAAACCUUUUUGGUCAUGGAACAAGGCCUAAGUCAAAACCGGUAUUUCCUGCUGCAUUACUAAACUUGUCUUCAAACAAAACAGUUAAUAAAACCAAAGAAAAUGUCGCUGCGGAAGUCAAAGGACAGGUCAAAAGUCUCUUCGGCAACCGGGCUGGGACCAAGCGUAAGAAUAUGUUUGCUGACUUCAUUGUGUCCGAGAGUGAAGAUGAAAUAUCUGAAAUACAACCCAAAGUGUUUGGAUUUCCAAAGAAACCGGACACGAGACGUGACAGUGCCACUUCGCGAGGGAAACGUGAGCAUUCGCCUACUUCUAGUAUUACAACUGACAUUGAAAUGGAGGAGUGGAAAAUGCUUCCAUCUUCUACCAUGGUCGAAAACCAGUUAGAGGAUAUGAUGGCCGCAGCUAAAACUCCAGUUAAAAGACCAAGAUUGAGUAAAUUGCCUGACAUUAAAGAAACUGAAACUAAAAGUACUGUUGAGCAAAUUGAGAAGGAACCAUCUGACGAAGAGCAAGAACUAAAAUAUGAUGAUGAAGAUGAUAAAAGUGAAGCAAAUGAUGAACAGCAAAUGCAAGAUCAACAUGAAGUUGAUGAUAAUGAACAUGAUAGUAUUCAAAACAAUAUUUCAGCCCAACAAAAUAAAAGCCACGCCACUUCGCAAAGUUUAAGCAAAGUGAAAGAUAAAAACGUGAAUCAGAGCAAAAUACCCAGUGUAAAUCAACAAAAUAAUGUUAGCCAGCAUAAAAUGAGUCCAGAAAAGAAACAAGAUGUAGAAAUGGAAGUCGAACUAACACAGAAACAAGAUAAUAAUACUGUUGUCAAAAACAAAAGUCACAGAGACUCAAAUGCUCUGCAAAAAGAAAAGGCUGAAGAAAGCAAGACCCAAAAGAAUGAUGACAUCAAUGUUGAUCAAGUUGACAAUCGUGAAGAAGGUAAUGACCAAAACAAAAGUAAGAAUAAUCGUAAUGUAAGCGUAAAUCAGAAUAAAGAUCAGGUUAAGUCUAAUGCAAGCCAAGAAAAAGGAAAUGACAAAGAAGCGAUUGCAGCAAAUGCAAGUGACAAUCUUGAUCAAGAUGAACAAGAGGAACUAAAUGAAAACGUUGAUGAAGAAAUACAAGAAGAAAAUGAAGAUCAGAUUCAAAAUGACAUAGAAGAACAAGAAAGUGAAUCAAAGGAACCAGAAAACGACUCUGAAGAACAGAAUGAAGAUGUUGAAUUACAAAAUCAAAGCGAAAUAAUUGAACAAGACGAAGAUAAUGAAGUUAGUAUGGCACAAGAAAGUGAGACAGAACAAAACAAAGACGAAAUGGAUGUCCAAAAUGACAGUCUAGUACAAAAUCAUGAAGAUAGUGAAACUAACGCACAAAAUGAAAGUGCAGCUCAAGAUCAUAAUGAAAGCGCACCUGAAAUUCAAUCUGAGCAAGAAGAAGAAGCACAGGACAGCGAACAAGAAGACGAAGAAAAUCAAGAAGAGAAUCAAGUUGAAAAUGAGAGUUCGGCCGAAGAUCAAGAUAAUGAAGUUGAAAAUCAGAGUGAAAUAGAAGAUGAUGAUGAUAGAAAUGCCAGUGACGCAGAAAUGGAACAAGACAGUGCUGUACAAGACGAAAACGAAGAUGGAAAUAACGAAAGCGCUGAAGUACAAAAUGAUGAGGAUGCUGAAGAAAACGAAAGCGAUAACGAACAAAACGAUGAUGAAGAAGAAGUAAAUGAAACUGCUGAAGUUAAUGAUUCAGAAGAAGAUCAAAAUGAAAGUGCUGAAGUAAAUGAAAUGGAAGAUCAAAAUGAAAGUGCCGAAGUAAAUGAUACGGAAGAAGAUCAAGAUGAAAGUGACCAAGUAAAUGAUACGGAAGAAGAUCAAAAUGAAAGUGCUGAAGUACAAAAUGAUGACGAAGAAGAUGAGCAAAACGAAAGCGCCGAAAUGGAUAAUGAUUUGGACGAUGACGCUCAAAACGAAAGCGUUCAACAAGAAAGCGAGGACGAAAUCCAGGACUCCAAUGACCAACAACAAUCUGACAACGAAGCACCUAAUGAAACACACGACACAACCGGCCGCCACAGAAAGAAGAAAGAUACCAAUGUUAAUUCACCCGAAGCAAUUUUACAUGACAAAACGAACCAACUCGAAUCUUUUACAGCGCAAGGCCGCAACACAAGUGUAAGGAAAACCACUAUGCUGAAAAAUAUGACUAUAAGACCAAGUCUGGCCCCACCUAGAGAAAGCACGGGAAUAUCUGAUGGAACAACCAAUUCAAGCGCAGAAGGAUCAGGGUGGGACUCCCAUAGAACCACUAGGAAGACGCUCCGUCAAACUUUCGGCAGAGACUUCACUCCUAGAAAAUCCUUACGCGCUUUGGUCAUGGAGAAAUCGGCCAAGCGACAAACGGCGAUAAGUGAAGUGACUGCUAAGUUCCCUCAAGCUAACUCCACAGAACUCCAGCUACCUGAAGCGUCGAUGGUUCCUGAUGAUUGUGAGAUGACAGUAGAAGAAGACAGACAGGAAUCCAAUCAUGACGUGUCGAAGCGAACAAGACAGACCACGUUGGAAAUGUAUUUGCAGAAGAUCAAAAAACAGAACAUGGAACGGAACUUAAAAAUGCAAGAGGCAGUAAGAAAUUCUCUAAAAGCGCCCACAACAGAUGUCCUGAACCCUUUCAAAGUGCCAGCUAGGCCGAUGUUCUCCUCUCGAAAGCCUAACAAAGCGGCCAGCAAGCCUAAAGCCAAGCCAGUGAAGUCUGCCCUGAUACCAUUGGGCGAUCUGCCGCCAGAAUUACUCGAGGAUAUGAAGUACAAACCGCCUAAGAGAUUCCAGCCGAGCAACGCGUCGUGGAUUACUAAGAGACUGUACAAGUUUUUGGAGAGCAAAUUGGAAUCCAAAUACGACUACAAAGCCCGCGUGCGCGCCGAGAAGCUAGUGCAGACCAUAUACCACUUCGCCAAGGACCUACGGCGCGUGCCCGUUGCGCCGGCGCCGGCGGUUGACGCGCUGAAACUAGAAAUGGCGCGGUUGGGUGUGGUCACCACGCACUUCGACUUCUACCAGUUUUUCCACGAGUAUAUGCCGAGGGAGGUGCGGAUCAAGGUGGUGCCAGAUAUAGUGAACAAAAUAAGUGUGCCGCGACAUGGAGUGUUCUCAGACAUCAUAAGAGGAAACACGGUCCAGGGAUAGAACUACCUCCGAUAUUUAAUUUAAGUGUGAUAUUAUGAGUUUACGAUUCAUUAAUGAAAUUAUGUUUUACGAGAUUA